UAUAAUCCACGUGGAGGCUGGAAAAUAAAGGAGUAUCUAGAAGUGAUACCACGACAAGUAAACAGUAGCCGUACGAUUAAAAACAUCUAUAAAUGAACGGUUCAGAUCUCGUUAUUGACUUUGUAACCACAAACAACUAUCAGUGUUCUGUCUCUUCAAGAUCUCCGUCAAACUUCAUUAUAAUAAAGAUAAAAAGUCUUUAUCUCUUAAACGUUUUGUUGUACAUCUUCUGAGAAAAAUGCCGAGCAAGUGCGAAAUCUUGUGCGAGAUCUUAAUCGCCAUCCUUCUUCCUCCUCUAGGAGUUUGCCUCAGGCGUGGCUGUUGCACUGUGGAGUUCUUGGCUUGCUUGAUUCUGACUAUCUUAGGAUACGUACCAGGGAUAAUCUAUGCGCUUUACGUGAUAGUGUUCCAGAACCAAGAAGAGUAUUUCGAUGAAGCCAGACGCCCUCUCUACUACUCCGCUUGAUCAGAAUCUGUUUGUUCUUUGAAAACUGUUCAAUCUUUGUAUCCAACAAAUAAGUUAAUUUGUAAUGUGUUUAAAGAGAUUUUAAAACUGUGUGUGUAUGGUUCGACUGUUCCUUUUGUUAUAAUAUGCAAAAUUGAAGGUGAGAUUAUACA